CUAUAAGUGAAACUGCUCGAAAAAAUAAAACAGUAGUGCUACACAAAAUAUUAUUAUUAUUUUUGUUAACGACUAGUAGAUUUAGUGCUUAUUAUAAUUGGUGCUCUCAAACAACGACGAACAUAAAUCAUGAGAAUAGUAAUAUUAUGCAGUAUUUUGGUUUCGGUGUUAGCGGCCCCACAGCGGGGCGGUGGAGGAGACGAGUCUCAAGCAACAAUAAUACGACAAAACUUUGACCUGCAGCCUGACGGUAGUUAUAUAAGCAGCUAUGAGACUUCUAAUGGAAUCAAAAGCGAUGAACAAGGUAACUUGAAACGCUCAUCUGAUCCGCAAGGCGGCGACGUAGUGGUUGUCCAAGGAGCCUUCAGCUACACAUCACCCGACGGCACGCCAAUCCAGCUAAACUACGUUGCUGACGACGUCUUGGGCUUCGUACCGCAGGGCGCCCAUCUGCCAACACCUCCUCCAAUUCCACCAGAGAUCCAGAAAGCGCUCGAUUACCUCGCCACGUUGCCAUCUACAACGGAAAGAAACGGAUAAGCAGCACACUUUAAAACUCCACAAACGAUCUGAUACUUUGCACACUGAUUCAUGUAGAUCCGUUUUGUUAAUCGACUGAUUUUAAAUUCCAAAGACCUUGUCAGUACUGUCGAAGUUUUGCGAAAAGUUUAAAAGUAUAAAAAUUUAAAUCUGAUUUGCUGCUGUAUUGAUUUUUAUAUCACAAACAUUGACGGAAGUGGCAUGAAUCGUAGUGCUCGACUCUACCUACUAAAAAAGAAAAAUGAACUGUGGUUUCUUUGUUAUAUAAUUGCA